AUGUCAAAAAAGAUACAAAAAACCGUGUCAAAUAUGAUGAAUUCUAUGGUUGGUACCAAUUCAAGGUUACAUAAAAGGAGGACCGAAAAGACUGAAGAAAGUGAAGCUGGUAGUUCCCAAGUAAAUGUGCCAAGAAUAAACUCGGAAGACGAAAAGGUUGAAGAACAUGACGAAGAUGAAUUUGAUCUCACAUUAUUGCCUUUUCCAAUCUUAUUGAUAAUAUAUGUUGAAUGGGGAGACUAUAGCGCAAACUCGACCAAAUCAGCUACUCAACGUAUUUAUAAGGAAUUGCGAAUGAUUAUACAUAACCAGGAAACUCCAACCAACACUAAUGAUUUGGGAUUUUACGUAAAUCUUGACAAAUUGCGUUCGGUCUACCAAUGGGUCGUGCAACUCAAAAACUUUGAUCCGACUAUUCCUUUGGCUCAAGAUAUGGCAAAGCAUAAAGUUAAAAGCAUUGAUUUAGAAGUUCGUUUUGCUCCGGAUUAUCCUAACUUACCCCCAUACAUUCGUGUAAUUCGUCCAAGACUUCUUCGAUUCAUGAAUGGUGGUGGUGGUCAUGUUACAGUUGGAGGAUCAAUUUGUAUGGAUUUGUUAACAAUGGGUAACUCUCGUGAUCAAGGAUGGUCUCCUGAAUAUUCGAUGGAGGCAGUUUUAUUACAAGUCAAAUUAGCGUUAAGCACUCUAACUCCUCCUGCAAGACUUGACCGUAAUUGGAGAAAUGAAUACAGUCCAACUGAGGCAAUGAGUGCUUACAUUAGAGUUGCCAAUCAACAUGGAUGGGGAGUUCCACCCCAUUGGGAUACUUUAUUUAAAAGCUAA